AUGCCCCAGAACGACAGCAAAGAUAUGGAUGUUAUAAAUCUGAAAGGUCUCAGAAACAAUUCACAGGGAGUCAAGAAUUCACAAAAUAGGAAAACUGUACAUACUAAUCAGGAGGAUGAAUACAUCAAUAUUGAGAGUGAUCUGCAUGAAAAUAAACGUGACUCAGCAGAUGAUGAGCAACCACGCUUGAAAGGGCAUUUAGAAAAGAAAUAUGAUAAAGCCUGUGAAUUUUGCAAGAAACAUAAAACCAGAAUUCAUUAUGUGAUCUAUGGAAUUUUAAUAACAGCAUACUUGGCAGUAGUUAUUGCAGCCUGCAGCUUGAAUUUUCAGAGAGCCUUGCCACUCUUUAUCAUCACUGUCCUAGCCAUCUUCUUCAUCUGCUGGGAUUUUUUAAUAGCUAAGUAUGAAGACAGAAUUGCUGCAUUCUUUUCCCCUGGAGAAAGAUAUGUGGAGAAACAGUGGUUUUGGCUGAAAUGGGUGUUGUGUGCAGUGCUUAUUAUAACUAUCAUCUGCUGGCUCAUCUUUGACACAGCAAAACAGGGAUCCCGCCAGCUGAUCUCCUUUGGUGGGCUUGUGAUGUAUGUUCUCCUGAUGUUUAUCUUUUCCAAAUAUCCAACCAGAGUUGCUUGGAGACCAGUAUUUUCAGGAAUAGGAAUGCAGUUUGUUCUUGGGCUUCUUAUUCUGAGGACCAAAGUGGGGUUUGAUGUGUUUAACUGGCUAGGCAUUCAGAUCCAGACUUUUCUGGAAUACUCUGACACAGGUGCUAAGUUUGUGUUUGGUGAGAAAUAUACGGAUCAUUUCUUUGCUUUUAAGGUCCUGCCAAUUGUGGUUUUCUUCAGCACGGUAAUGUCUAUGCUUUACCACAUUGGAUUCAUGCAGUGGCUCAUUGGAAAGGUUGGUUGGAUAAUGCAGAUUUUCAUGGGGACAACUCCUGUUGAGUCUCUGGUAGCUGCGGGUAACAUAUUUGUGGGACAGACAGAGUCUCCUCUCCUGGUACGGCCCUACUUACCAUAUAUCACCAAAUCUGAACUCCAUGCAGUCAUGACAGCUGGAUUCUCAACUAUUGCUGGAAGUGUCUUAGGAGCAUAUAUUUCUUUUGGGGUUUCCGCAUCCCACCUACUGACUGCUUCUGUCAUGUCAGCACCAGCAUCAUUAGCCACCUCCAAACUAUUCUGGCCUGAAACUGAAAAGCCUACAGUAAAUCUGAGGAGUGGCCUACAAAUGGCAAAAGGUGAAUCAAAGAACCUGCUGGAAGCAGCUAGUCAAGGUGCAUCUACCUCCAUCCUGCUGGUGGCAAACAUCGCCGUGAAUCUCAUCUCCUUCCUUGCCCUGCUGGCUUUCCUUGACUCAGCCCUCUCUUGGGUGGGCAGUCUGUUUGACUAUCCACAGCUGAACUUUGAGAACAUUUGUGCUUAUGUCUUCAUGCCAUUCUCUUUCAUGAUGGGGGUAGACUGGGAAGACAGUUUUAUUGUCGGUGGACUAUUAGGUUACAAAACUUUCUUCAAUGAAUUUGUGGCUUAUGAGCGCCUCUCAAAACUGAUUCACAACCGAGAAAAGGGUGGGAGCAUGUACAUUAAUGGUGUGAAACAGUAUAUGACUGUUCGCUCUGAAGUCAUUGCCACCUAUGCUCUUUGUGGGUUUGCCAACUUCGGCUCCCUAGGACUGGUAAUAGGAGGCCUGACAAGCAUUGCUCCCUCAAAAAAAAAGGAAAUAGCUGGUGGUGCUUUCAGAGCAAUGAUUGCGGGAACUGUCGCCUGUUUCAUGACAGCCUGCGUUGCAGGAAUGCUCACUGUCCCUGGUCUGGAAGUUCCUUGCCACAUCUUAUUAGGAAAUGCCUUCAACUCCACAGAUUUCCCUGCCAAUAGCACAGAGCUAGUUGAAUGCUGCCAGCAACUCUUCACCAGUGUAAAUCAUUCGCAGGAGAUCUUCCCUGGAGGAAACCAUAGCCUGAGUUCCUGGAAAGGAUGUUGCCAAAUACUGGAUCGACCUGCUUUUCACUGCACUUGGAUUAAGCCUUAA